AUGGCCAAUCGCAUGUGCUUAUCGGCCAGCCCUCCAUUAUCAAGUGGUCGGCCAACGUCGGGCGUGUUGGCAGAUGACUGUACCCUAGACACCGUCAGUAGCCAAGGGGCGCGCGUUUCAAAGCACUCACGUGUUUGCGCAUCGCGCACGGAAAAGUUCCGCCGCAAGGAAAGCUCCCGAACACUAAGGGGUCAUCGACUAUCCGCCUCUCAGCAAUUAGCGAACUAUGCCGAUGCCAAUUCAUUGGCAUCAGGGAAACCUAUCGGCACAAGUUUCUCGUUGACAAAAGAGCCUGCUCAUGCACAUCAUGCUUCAAACACCCGGCCAGGAUUUCGGAGAUUCCACUCAGAUCCCAAUGCAGUUCCACGAUCAGCCGAUGAGAAGAUCGGGGGUGAUGAAAGGAUGGAGGAUUCACUGCAGAAAAGGGGCCUUGAGCCAAUGAACGGUCACUCGACUUUGAAAGACACAUCAAACACACAAACGGAAUAUCAUGAAAUGUUCAGACAGCCUGAAACCAAUCCGAUCACCGAAGAGCAGUUGAUCAAUGAGAAAUGCAUCGAGAUCGACAGACAGCAGACCGAAUCCAAGGCAGAGCUAUCAGGGCCUCAGUGGCAAGCACUCAUUUCCUUGCAUCGAACCCUGCUUUACGAACAUCAUGACUUCUUCCUCGCAUCACAGCAUCCAUCAGCGAGCCUCGUGUUGAAAAGACUGGCCGAUAAAUACGCUAUGCCUGCCCGAAUGUGGCGCUAUGGUAUCCAUUCCUUCCUAGAGCUCCUUCGUCAAAAGCUUCCAGAUUCAUUAGACUACAUGCUCAACUUCAUCAACUUAGCAUAUUCUAUGAUGACUUUGCUCCUGGAAAGCGUCUCUGCGUUCCGAGACACUUGGAUUGAAUGUCUUGGCGAUCUAGCACGAUAUCGCAUGGCAGUGGAAGAGGCUGAUAUGCGAGACCGCGAAGUUUGGGCCGGGGUAUCUCGGUACUGGUACAAUCAAGAUGCAGACCGGAAUCCCGAUGUUGGCAGGAUCCAGCAUCAUCUAGCCGUGCUUGCUCGUCCGGACGUGUUGCAGCAGCUAUUCUACUACACCAAGGCUCUGGUUAGUGUGCGUCCGUUUCCCAAUGCACGCGAGAGUGUUCUUCUCCUCUUCAAUUCUUAUCAUGGUCAACCGCUUCAACAACUUACAAUGGUGACUGCCUUUAUUGCUACACACGGUGUACUAUUUACUCGAGGUCCGACCGAACGAUUUGUCACCUUGGCAAAUCUAUUCUUGGCUCUUCUGCGCAGAGACAUUCGCCGGCUUAGCCGACAGGGACAGCAGGGUGUCUAUAUGAUGUCUUGUAACUUUGCCUCCAUGCUUCAGUAUGGCGAGCCGGAGGCAGUCAUGGCGAUGGAGUUUUCGAAGCAACGAGAAACUGAGACUGUUGACGAGGCGCAUACUUUUGCUUUGGAAUGGACUCGCGGUACCGACAACGCAGACCCGAGUAGCCAAACUAUGUCUGUGACUGUGGAUCGAAUCUCGACUCAAAUGGCGUUACAAGGAAGCUGCCUUGCCUUUCAUACUCUGACUGUUCUCCUUGAUCAAAUAGGCGACUCUAAUAUUCACCCAAGUGUCCAUACUUCUUUGGCCUUUAUCUGGUGCUUAGCGCUUCACCCGCCAGCUAUGCAGCAACUCGAGCAAAUGAUUCCCUGGCUGGCCAUAGCCAAGUUUCUCAACACGUUAUUUCGCCCCGAUACUAUAGUCGCAAAAAUUGAAAACGCUUCAUUCCCUCUAUUUGAUGAUGGAAUCAUUCAGCAGCUGCCUGAAGACUUCCUGAUUCGUGGGCAGGCAUGGAGUCAGCUGUAUUAUCCCGAGAAGUUCUUCGAAAAUGCUCCAUCAGAAGAUGAAAGGCCAAUAAUCGAAGAUCCCUCCGCUGCCAUCCCCCGGAGACAUCGGUGUUUGUGGCUUGGAACGAAGAUAGCAACGGUUAGUCAACGGGAUCCUGAUUGA